GGGAAUCGAUAGUGUCUGUAGAGAGGAAUACCGCUCGCACGUUACUGCCUCUCUGUGGAGCAGCUGUGGCUGCCCAUGCUAGUCCAGCAUUCGAUUGCAGGCAUUUGUGCAUUUGCAGACUCUCUCCUUUUCUCUCUCUGUCACUCCCUCUCUUUCUUUACUCUCUCUCUCUCCCUCUCUCCCUCCCUCUCUCCUCCCCACCCAAACCCAGGGAUUCUCUCCUACGUUUUGUGGCACUAGGAGGGAUGCUUGCUUGAUACCUUUUUAAUGCUCUUUUUUCCAGAUAUUUUAUAUCUUGCACACAAUCACCUUUCACUACCCCUGGAGGUGUGCUGGCAGCUUCCUUCUGAUCUUUAUUCUACUUUUGAAAACCUUUUGGAAAAACCGUUGACACAAUGUUGGGCUUGGAUGUCUGUGAGUUUGGAGGGCAGUUUCUUGAGCUGCUCUGGCUAACAGUUUGCUACAGAGGGAUCAUGGCAGACAAAGAGGGCACAGCUCCAGUGCAUGAGGAGGAGGAUGAGACCGACCUGAAUUACCAGGCCCCUGCUCAAAAGACCCUGCAGGAGAUCCAGGAGCUGGACAAGGAUGAUGAGAGCCUGAACAAGUACAAGCAGACCCUUCUUGGAACAGGACCUGUGGUGUUAGAUCCCAGCAUUCCUAAUGUUCAGGUGACACGGCUGACGCUGAUGUGUGUUCAGGCUCCUGGACCCAUUACCAUGGACUUAACAGGUGACCUCGAGGCUUUGAAGAAACAGAAUUUCACCAUGAAGGAGGGUGUAGACUACAGGGUGAAGAUCCACUUUAAGGUCAAUAGGGAAAUUGUGUCUGGGCUGAAGUACGUUCAUUUGACCUACAGGAAAGGACUUCGAGUGGAUAAAGCCGUAUACAUGGUGGGCAGCUACGGGCCAAGGGUGGAGGAACACGAGUUCAUUACACCUGUGGAGGAGGCCCCCAAGGGCCUGAUCGUCCGUGGAAUCUAUCACAUCAAAUCCUACUUCACGGAUGACGACAAGACGGACCACCUGUCCUGGGAGUGGAACCUGCAAAUCAAGAAGGACUGGGACAACACCGAGUAAAACAGUGCGCUCUCUGUCCCACAUGCACCUGCGCCGCUGUCACCACCUUGCGGGACCUGCUGCACAUAGGGAAGGUGCACAGAGAGGGUUUUAGGUUCGGCUUGUUUGUGGAAUGGGGUUGGGUUCAUGAAUGGAUCUUUUGUUACUAUGCGAGGGUAAAAUUGAUGCAAAUAUACAGUACUUACAUUUUAGGACCAUGGAAUUGUAGGCACUAAAGUAUAUACAAUGAAUUGCAGGUUAUUAGAUAAGACUUAUUUCCUAAAGAACAUGUUAUCGGCUGUAUACACAACAGACGAAAUUCCUCGUGCCUGUGCUCUCAGGCUAGUUUGUGUUUUGAAUUGUAAAUGUAUGUAUUAUGAUGUCUGUAUUCUUGAGAUGCAUUUAAAGUUGCUUCCGGAGCUCGCGAUCCGAACGGUGCAUGCCCGAGUUUGAUCCGACCAUGCAGUGGCUGUUCUCCCGUGCUGACUCUGCAUUCAGACCGUCAUGAAAGGCUGAUGGGGUUUCACAGAGGUGACACCCGUGUUGACCUAGCCACAAGGGACCUGUGCUAAGUGUUUUCCGUAUUCCAGAGCAUUUCGAAUUGUGUACAGAUAACACCAAAUGCCCUCCUUUCCAGAGCUCGAGACAUUUUUGAUAUGGUUGUCUGCUUCUACAGCGUUCCUUCUUUGCUGUUUUAGCUUUGAUAUUAGAGCUUUUCACAUAUCUUUACCAAGAUGAUAUAUAUACAUAUAUAUUUAAAAAAUCAAAUUCAACAUCUUGUAUGUUUGCUAAACCCAUGAAGUGAACACAUGCCUCCAUUCUGGUCUCUGGCUUCUUCUUUUGACUAAUAGUCAUGUGCCAAGCUGUGAACUAGUGUGUGGAAAAUUUAAUGAUGUGAUUCCAGAAAGCAAUGUUUGGAGAAAUGCUUUUUUUUGUUUAAAUAAAAGAUGUAAAAUGUUAUAGAUUAUGCAUAAAGUGCAUGUGUAAUGAUAUGAAGCUCUUACAGGUGAAAUUCAUGCUAUUUUCUUUUCAAGCACCCAUUCACCAAUACGUGGGGGUGGAAGAGGCACAAAGAAACAAAGUCUUAACUGCUGAAUGUCUUCUGUAUCUUGGAAAGAGUCUUGAUAACUGUGAUCCAGUCAAACCUUGAGUUGUCUGCCAAAAAUUACCCUGUUUAAAAGAAACCCCAUGAAAUAUUUCCCAUAUUAUGUUUUCCUAAAAUGAAUAUUGUGAUUAUGUAAUUAUUUUCAUAACUAGAUGUGAUUACGUAAUUAUUUUCAUAACAGUGAUCCUAAAUAUCGCGGUACACUGCAUGUUACCGAGCGUUUGUUUUUGCCUUUCUUUGUUUUGUUGUGCUAUGGACGGCCUUGUCAUAGUUUUCCAUUCUUACCUGUCAAAACCUGAAUCAAAACGGUAAGGGACGGCAGAAGUCUGAUCUUCAGCUUGUGAUUCAUUGACUAAAAUAUAGCCUAAGAUUUACUGUACAUCGUGCAUCUUGUCUUUUUAAAUAAAAUCAAUUAAUAAAGCUUGCCUUCAUACA